GUUACCGAGCAACAGCGACAGUACUGGUGUAUUUACGAUUAAUCUGUCAACACAGGAGAGGAGGACGCUGUCAAACUACACCAGAAAUAUAUUUCAUCAAAUGACAGCUUGAAGUUAUGGAAAUAUUCCUUAAACAAAUCUUGAAACAGGAUGAGACGAUGGCUCGCAGGAGAGAUGAAGAUGAUGAUGAUGACGGACACAGGCUGAUAGAGGAGGAGGACGAUGAUGAUGCGCGUCCCAUCAUGGACAGAAAGAAUGAGGACCAUCUGUCCCUGGACGAGAUUUUACAUCUCUACAAGCAGCCCAUCAACGAGGAGCAGGCGUGGGCUGUGUGUUACCAGUGCUGUCGCUCUUUUCUGGAGGAUUCUGCUGGGACCGGAGGAGCGGGACAUGUCAGGGUUUAUAAAGACGGAUCGGUGCGGUUUCAUUCCGGAGACAGAUCAGGUGUGUGUAAUCCCAGCCGAUCCUCCACACAGGUGAUUGAGUCUCUGGGCAUUAUGAUCUAUAAGGCUCUGGAUUACGGGCUGAAGGAGAGCGAGGAGCGAGAGCUGAGUCCGCCGCUCGAGCAGCUCAUAGACCUCAUGACCAACGUGGCCGACACAGAGAGCGACUUCUGCGCCGAUGAAGGCUACGCCGCCACUGAGGAAGACGAGGAUGACCGCGAGGGGUAUCCCGCCCACCCCUGCCGUAUCCGCGGCUACCGGGACAUCAUCAAGCUGUGCACCCUUCACCUGCCCACGCCGGCCGAUGCGCCCAAUCACUACCAGGCCGUGUGUCGAGCUCUGUACACCGAGACCAAAGAGCUCCGCACCUUCCUGGAGAAGAUCCAGAGCGCCAAAGAGAAUCUGCGAAAGAUGGAGGGCGACACUGUUGACGAACCUAGCAGGGAGCUAAACGAGCUGCAGAAUGCUGAUUGGGCGUGGUUCUGGGUGCAGGUGAUGCGAGAUCUGAGGAACGGCGUGAAGCUGAAGAAGGUGCAGGAGCGGCAGUAUAACCCGCUGCCGAUCGAGUUCCAGCUCACACCGUACGAGAUGCUUAUGGAUGACAUCCGCUCCAAACGCUACAAGCUACGCAAGGUCAUGGUGAAUGGAGAUAUUCCUCCAAAGUUAAAGAAGAGCGCUCAUGAGGUUAUUCUGGAGUUUAUCAGGUCCAGACCCCCUCUCAACCCCGUGGCGGCACGUAAACUCAAACCGCAGGCUCAACAUCCACCCAGCCUGCAUGAGCGCAUUCUGGAGGAGAUCAAAUCAGAGAGGAAGCUGAGGCCCGUGUCGCCUGAUAUGAUCCGUAGAAGUCGAUUUGUCAUUCGGCCUCUUAGCAUGUCUCAGAGUUUUGAUUCAGCAGAUGUGUCCUCCUCGGAUGGGGCGAGGAAGGCCUCCAGCACGCUGUCGUUGGCCAAUGGCAUGUCGCUUCAGCAGAACAGCUCCAGCGGCUUUCAGAGGAAAAGGCUUCAAGCACCGACUCUGGCUGAACUGGACAGCUCUGAUUCAGACGAUGAGACUGUAGGUCAAAGGUCAGCCAGCUGCUCCAGCAUCUCUACAUCCAUGGUGGACGACACGUCGCCAGAAUCCAUCCUGGGCAAGAAAACUCCGCCCAUGUUCCUGCCCAUCUCGUCCACGCCGCAGCCGGAGAGGCGUCAGCCCGCCCAGCGCCGGCACUCCAUCGAGAAGGAAACGCCCACCAGUGUGCGCCACUUCCUGCCGCCCUCCAGACACAGUUCAAAAUCCUUAGAGGAGUUUUGUUUCCCGGUGGAGUGUCUGGCUCUGACGGUGGAGGAAGUGAUGCACAUUCGGCAGGUUUUGGUCAAAGCCGAACUGGAGAAGUUUCAGCAGUACAAAGACAUCUACAAUGCCAUGAAGAAGGGGAAGCUGUGCUUCUGCUGCCGAACGAAACGGUUUUCGUUCUUUACCUGGUCCUACACCUGUCAGUUUUGUAAAAGGCCUGUCUGUUCACAGUGCUGUAAAAAAAUGCGCCUGCCAUCAAAGCCUUAUGGCAGUCUCCCCAUUUACUCUCUGGGUCCGUCCACGUCGACCCUGAAACGAGAUGCAUCCAGCCACAAGCCAGAGAAGCCCAGUACAAGCCACCAUCGACCCAGCCUACAGCGCACAAUGUCCAGAUUGUCAAAGCACACGCGUCAGUCGUCCUCGUCUCAGGAGGAAAUCGAGCUCCCAAAAGAGCUGAUGGAAGACUGGAACACCAUGGAGGUUUGCGUCGACUGCAAGAAGUUCAUCACCGACAUCAUUGCCUCCAGCAAGCACAGCCUGUCUCUGGCCAACAAGAGAGCGCGCUUUAAACGCAAGACUCAGUCCUUCAUCAUGGCGUCGGAGACGAGCGCAGAAUACCGGCCUUCGGAGCGAACUAUCAAUGAGGUUUAGACACCGCUGGGUCCGGAUCCGGAGCAGAUGCUGUUGUAGUUUCACAGAUUAGGACGGGUCAGUCAACCGUGAUAUACAGGGCCAAUAAACUCUUAUGGAUGUGUAGCAGUUCUUCCACACACACAACAUGAGUUGUUUUCUAUUCUGUGCUGUAAAGAUGUGGUUACAUUAGUGAAAUUUAACAGCCAAUAAUGACAUUUGUCCAUUGUCAAUAAUAUGAACCACUGUUCAAAUAUUAGUCACUUUCAAACCAAGCAGCUUUCUCUUGGUCUGCACGGUAAAUUCUUGUGACAAACUUGAUGUACGGAGACUCGCACAUAUGACACAUUAUUGUAUUUAUUCGUUCCCUCAUUUUAUUAAUAUGUUCCCUCAGUUUAGCUAAAAAAGAAUUUGUUCUCAUGACUUAUUAAUUUGUUCUGUAAUUUUGUAAAAUUGUGGCCACGUUGUACUAAUUUGUUCCCUCUUUUUUAAUUAAAACGGAGGAACAAAUUAAUAGCCACUAUUUAGGCUACUAAAACAAGAGAAUUAAUUCUUAAUUUGCAGUGACAGGUUGAUUGAAAUGAUGAAACGAAUGAAUAAGCCCUGGGAACGGAAUAUAUAUAUAUAUUAUUUUUAUAUUUUUUAUUUUAUUUUUUUGUUUGCGCAUGUCAUGUUCGGGGCUUUUUAAACGAGAAAAAUCUGCGCGGGAAACUUUUCGCCGUCACGCGAAACUUCCGAUCGCAUGGAUUCCUAUCGAAAUGACUGGAAAUUACGCUGAGCAACUGUAAACAUGAACGCAUUAUUUCUUUUUAGGGGUUUUCACACUUGAAAUAGUCAACUCUGGGUCAAACCUAAAUUAUCUCGUUUCACGUUUUACACUGUACAUUCCUAAACCCCGAGUUAACGUUCUGAUUUGCAUAUUUUCGGUGUCAGUGUCGCUGAUUGGACGAACGCAGUUCGCGACCUGUUAAAAUGGUUUUAGCGUUGCGCAUCUUAGUAUUAUUGCCGACUGUAUUAAGUUUUUCCUGAAUGGACUUUUUCGGACUAUAAAGGUUUUUUUUUGUUUAAUCCAAUUAACAUGUUUUCCGUCGUCAUUUGAUAUUCUUCUGAAAGACGUUCAUACAAGCCACAAUGUUUCUGCGACUGUCGUGAAUGGAUGUCGGUUGCAUUUAGCUGUAAUAUUUUAACACCAUUGUUUUAAAGUGCAAAAGUUUGGCACGGCAAAGCGUGUAUAACGGCGCAAAAGCGGUAUAACCCCAAGUAAAAGGCGGUUCCAAUCCCAACCCUAAACCUAAAACGAAACGUUCCUUUACCGGGGUUUAGAAUUAAAACAACCCAGGGUUAACCGCAAUGUGAAAAGCCCUAUCAUUGUGUAUCUACUAUCUUCAUCCAGGGACAAGGUGCAGUUGUUGAAGUCAGCGUUAAAGGCAUUCACAAUCUGAUGUACUUCCGUAAUGUGACGUUAUGGCUGGACGAUGUAUUGAAUAUUCAGUAGUUUUACAAUCCUUCCUUGUCUUGUGACUUGCAACCAGAAUAUUCAACAAGAAAAAUAUAGCACCAGGACCUUAUUCACAAUAAGACUGGAAACAUGCAAGUUAGUUUUCAGAGUUCAUGUUGACUUUAAAUGUGUAAAUAUCUCAAAUGUGUUCCGUGUGUCACAUUCAUGGACAUAUUAAAACAAUAAGCACAACACAUCACUCAGAAGCUGAACAUCAUUGAGCUGAUGGUUCAAACCACAUUCGGAUCCUGUUAGAUAGCUAUUGUUUUUUUAUUUGUGACUUUCAUAUUAUGACAUUGGCGGUGUGUAUAUAUAUAUAUAUAUAUUUGUACAGCUCACGUUACUCAUAUCUAAGUGAGAUUUGACUGUAAAUUAUGCGUAUGUUGAUUGACUUCGAGUAAUUAUGCUCCUGCAAGUCAUAUGCGGCCUGUUUUAUGUAUUGAAAGGCAUGAUGAGGUCAGGCUGAUUUUAUAAACAUUAAGAGUUGCAUUUAUUUUUAGUAAUGUUUACUUUUUACAUAAUUUAUGCUUUAUAUGUCAAGUAAUAUUCUGGGAUUGCACAGCACUUAAUCAUAAUUUUUGAUUAGUUUUUGAUGAUGAUGGUGAAGGUACCAAAAUCUCAUUAUACUGUAAAAAUGUAGUGAUUUGAAUCGAUUUUCUCAAGCGUUUGGACAAUGGAGUAUUGUGUUGUUUCAUGAUCUGGGUCAAAGGUCAUUGCGAUCUUGAUUCCCCAUUUAAAUCUAAUCUGUCAAUCACACACGUUAGAAACACAUCGCACUAAUUUACAGUCUGUUUCUUUAUAAGGGCUUUUUGCCAAGACAUCAAGUGUCAAAGAGCUAUUUUUAAUCCAUUUUUUAUUAACUUUUAUUUUAAUCUGUUGAUUGUAUAUGUGUUUUUAUGUUCAGAACAGCUUAUAUACUGCAU